AUGCAGGAGAGACAUUUUAACAAGUUAAUACAUUGGAUGUACAACGGAUACAAAAUGAAAUCAAUGAAAGCAAAGGCAAGAGCUAGAAAACCAAAUGGAAAAUUUAGAAAAGUUAAAUUUCCUUCGAAAGAAAUUACAUCUAUAGAUCCAGAUUUAUCACAACUACAUCCACCAAUAGACACAAGUGUUUCGACCUUAUAUCGUGUGAGCAAAGUUUUAGAAAAUGGCAGUGAUGAAGUUAGAUCUAUUCUGGCAUAUGAAUGUGAUUUGGUAUAUGAAUGUCGCAUAUGUCGAAGCCUUUUUAGAAGUUUGGUUAAUUUUAUUUCCCAUAAACGUGUCUAUUGCAAAGAAAAAUUUGAUAUUACGUUUGCUAGGAACUCUUCCAACAAUAACGAUAUAAUAUCUACAAGUAAAUUGAAUAUAUCAGAAUCAGAGAAACAUUUCGAAGAACCUUGUGGAAACGAUAGAAUUUUAAGAAGUCAAGUUUGUAAAGAACAGCAGAAGAAGGAUCUUACUGCAGUUGUUAAUAUGUUACAGAAAAAACAAAUAGAAAAUUUACAAACGAAUACAGGAAACUUAUGUUUAGAAACUGUACAUCCAAACUCAUCAGCAGUUUAUCAAACUAUUGAAUCAGUAAUUUCAACAGAAAGUUAUACUGACCUAAUGAAAGCACAGGUAAUGGAAUUAAAAGGAAUAAGUGAACAAACUGCAGUGUUAGGUUUAAAUGGACAAAUUUUACAAUCUAGUCAACAGAUAAAUAGCAAUGCCACAACUCAAAUUCAUAAUAAUGGAGAAAUUGGUAUUCAUGAAAAUGAGCUCAUUUGUCCUAUAUGUUAUGCAAAAUUUUCAACAAAAAAGACAUUAACAGUUCACACAAGGACAUUACACACAUCUCACAGGUUAUGUUACCCUUGCCCUUGUUGUUCCAGUACAUUUGCCAAUACCUGGAGUGUUUAUAGACAUCUCUUUAAAGUUCAUAGGAAAUCUAAUGAACAAGUACGGAGACUGAGGACACAAAUUCAAGAGAAAGCAUUUAUUAAGGAUACUACUGCUGCUGAAGAUUUGCAGAGGGAAGAUGCCAAUAAAACUUUAAUGAAUAGUGCAUUAAGAGUUAAUGAAACACAGGAAUGGAUAGAUCACUUAGAAUCUGAUACAGAAUUACAGAGAUGUGGGGGCUGUGGAAAAAGAUUUGAUAGAAAAGCAGCUUUAUCCUCUCAUUUGCAAUAUUGUCAUAGGCGUGUUGCAGCAUAUGAAAAUACAACUAAAAUCAAAAAAAUAAAUAAAGUUCCAUUAAAUUGUAUUUCAAAUGAUAGUGUGACUGAUCCAGAAGCUCAGAAAAAUGUGAAUGUUCAAGAUUCUUCUGUUUCUACAGAAAUCAAUAAUAGUAAUGAAACACCUAUUCGUGUAGAAGCAGUUGCUAGUUUAAGUAAAGCAGACUGGGAUAUGUUAGAAAGCGGAGAAUCAGUUUCACAAAAUGAGUCUAAUAGAAAUGUAACUAAAGUUCUUACAAAUGGAGUACAAGAAAAUAUAGAAAAGGAUAAUCUUUCUUCUGCAAGUGAUGUUUUUGAACCUGUAGAGAUUGUGUAUACUAAUAUAAAUAAAAAUAAAACUAAUGUUGGUAGUAAAAAACGAAAAAAUAAGGAUAGUGCAAAGAGACUGAAUAAUAAUACAGGACAUAUUGCGAAAGAGGUGUCUGUAGGAAUAAGUACAGAACAUGUUACAGAAUCUGAAAAAUUGGAUCAUGUUUUAACAAUGGAAAAAAAAGUGACUUCAAUAGUAAAUUUUCAAAAGCUUGAGUGCCUCCCAUGUAAACGAAAAUUCACUUCAGUGAAUAAUCUAAGAAGACAUGCUGCCAUUCAUAUUGGUUGGAAUCGUUAUCAAUGUAAACUCUGUGACUAUAAAUGUUUUGUUAAGUGUGAUUGUAUAGCACAUUGCAAUAAAAUACACAAUGCUCAAAACAAUCGUCCUAUUAUAGAGGAAAUGAUAAUUCAGAUCCCAGAUGAUCAAUAUGCGUGUGAUCAAAAUAUUACGUCAAAUAUGGCAAAUUUAGAAGAGGAGAUUGAUGCUCCAGAAAUCGUAGAAGUUAAUAUCUCUCCAGAACAUAUGGAACCAGAAGUUCAGGUUGAAGAAGAAAGAAUAAAUGAAACAGAAACAGAAGUAAUCGAUAAAGAUCCAGUAGUAAUAAUUGAGAAUGGAGAAAUUCAAGAGACUUUGAAUAAUGCUGCUAAAGGACAAAAUACACUAGGACUAGACCCUGAUCUUAGAAGAAUGGUGAUGGAAGUUAUUUUUGGAUCUUCUGAAGUUCAUUCUACAAAACAAGCAGACUCAAUGGAAACUGUACUUCCAGAAAAUUCUAGUUCAAAAUCACAAAAUAUAGAAGCUGUUGAAGCACGAUCUAAAGAUUCUAAUUUAAAAGAAAGUGAUACUGCAUGUAUGCAAGACAGUUCAAAAUCCCAACGUCCUAUUCGUAAUAAAAUAAAACCUCUAAACAAGGAUUUUAUUUAUGAUCUAAAGGAAGUUACAUUUCGUAAAGAUUCUUUAAUUAUGAAAUCUUUCAAUAAACCACUUGCCAAAAAAUCUCCGGUACAGGAAGAAGAUAAUUUGGAAAGAGAUUUAGAGCAACCGUCCAAACGUUUUAAACCUGUACAAAAUGAUAAAAUAUCAAUUCUUUGUGCAAACAAUGCUAUAAGCAGAUGCGAAAUUAAACUUGAUAAAGAUUUAAAAAAUAGUUUUACUUUUUCUCAGUGCCACAGUUAG